AUGAAAUUUUAUAUUGCAUUAUUAAUUCUAGUCGUGUAUUCCCAAUAGGAUAACAGAUAAAUCUCCCCUGAGGAUUAAACAUUUUUAGAAACAUUAUAAAAGGAUUAGUUUGGUUUAAAUGUAUUAAAUUCAAUUCAAACAGAAUAUUAACGAGAUUAAGAUACAAAAGCAUAAUUAAACAGAAUUGAGCAUUUAUUGAACGAAAUUGAGUAGUAGAUUGCAUAAGAUUAAUAAAAUGAUUUAGAACUCGAAUCAGAAGCUUCUGAAUAAUAUUAUUCGCAAUUACUUAGUCUAGAAGAAUAAAUUGCAAAAUCCCAAUAUGAUUAUAGCACUAUUGGAGCUCAAAUUAGAUUAUAUUAAGAUGAAUCUAAUAGAUAUGACAUAUUAUUGGAUGAAAAAGAAAACAUUAUUGAUGAAUAUUAAUCAUUGUCAACUUAACUAGAUGAAAUUAGACAAUAAGAACGUGAUCAUUUUGAAAUUGCUAGAGAUGAUUCAAUAACUGUUUGCAAUCUAUUAAAAAGAGCUAAGUAUUUGAUCAAGUAAUUAAUCCCUAAGACUACAGUGUUGGUUUAACAAUCAACUAAUAUUAAUCAAGAUUUUUAAUAAAAUGCUGACUUUUUAUAAUAAAUAAAUUAAUUAUAGAGAGAAGCUUAGGAAUCACUCUAAAACAACUAACCUUUCUUGAAAAUAAUUACUGAAUUUGUUAAUGUUUCAACAUAAACUGAAGCAGUCGUUAACACUAAAAGAGUUAAUGCUAUUGUCAAUCUUCUUUAAUAACUCUAUGAUUAAAUAGAUAAAACUAGUAGAGUUUAAUAUAAUGCAGAAGACGAUAGAGAUCAACUUCAUUCAAGAGUGAAAAAUUAAAUUAAUGACUAACUACAUUCAAUUAAUUUAUAGCUUGCAACCUUACAAAAUUAAUAGGAUUCAAUCAAUGCUUAGAUUGUAGCUGAGUAAUAAAAUCAAAAGGAUGAGGAAAAGAGGCUAGCAAAUUUAAAGUAAUAAUUAUUAGAUUUAUCUAAAUGUUCUGAUGAUACUAAAGUGAAUUAUGGAGUUAGAUAGAAAGAAAGAAAAGAAUAAUUAAAAUUACUCAGAUAAGUCAGAUAAGUCAUGUUGAAUGAUUUUGAUGCCAUUCGAUGUUAUAUAGAAGAUUAUUUUAAUAAAGCUUAACGUUGA